UGACGGAGGGGGAGGAGAACGGGGGAGGCGGGGAGCAGUCGGUGUGGAAGCACUGAGAUCCCUACCGACGACUCACCGUCUGCACGCACUUUUACCGUAAGAUAUUAGUCAAAGACUUUUUAACGGGAAACCGAAACCAGGCGAAUACGAUACGUUCAGGACCGGAACCGGGACCCCCCCCCCCUCUCCCCACCGUGUCGAGCCGCUACGUCAGAGAGCGAGAGAGACGAGCUGGAAUCGAAUCGGAGGAGCUCGACCUCACCGCGGGCUUGAUGCGAAGCUCGGUGAUCCAGACGCACCGGAGUCCGCCGCCGACGACGACGACGACGACAUGGGAAAUAAAUAGUUGGUAAGGUUGCUUUAAUUCUCUAAUAAUAACACAUCGUGACGUGGUUCGCUCCCCUGCUGUGGUGCUUUUUUUAACGAUAGGAAAGAGCUCUGUUCGGGUUUAUAAAAAAAAUUUAAAAAAAAUGAAAAAAUCAAAUGUCAGUGCAGCCCGGUGACAUUUUUAUUCGUCCUCCUUUGCAGUGUUAUUCCGAAGCGAGUUGUCGCUCGCUUUCAGCCGCCGCGGCUUGUUCCGUCCUGUCGCGCAUUCUCCGAUACGAACAUUCACCUCACUCGUCUGCCUCCAGCCGAAAGUCAUGGACGAAAGUUGGAAAAACUGCUUCGAAGAGGAGCUCCUGUGUCCCAUCUGCCUGAACGUCUUCGACGAACCCGUCCAGCUGCCAUGCAAGCACAACUUCUGCAAGGGCUGCAUCUCCGAGGCCUGGGCCAAGGACGCCGCCGCCGUCCGCUGCCCCGAGUGCAACCGCGACUACGAGCAGAAGCCCGCCCUGGAGAAGAACUUCAAGCUCGCCAACAUCGUGAAGCGCUUCAACGCGCUCAACACCGAGAAGGCCCCCGCCGUGCUGCACUGCGUCCUCUGCAGGCGGGGGCCCCCGCUGCCCGUGCGCAAGGUCUGCCUGCGCUGCAAGGAGCCCUGCUGCCAGACCCACAUCCAGACGCACCUGCAGCAGCCGUGCGCCGCCCCGGGACACCUGUUGGUGGACGCCGAGGAGCUGAGCGCCUGGACCUGUCCCAGCCACGAGGAGUACAGGCUGCUCCACUGCGAGGAGGAGCAGGUGGCCCUGUGUCCCUUCUGCUGCAUCUCCCACUGCACGAACCAAAGACACACAGUGUGCGACGUGGACACGCAGCGCAUACAAAUGCAGAACCUGCUAAUGAGGCAGCAAGGCCGACUGGAUGGUCGUGUUCAGAACAUCGAUGAGCAGCUGAACAAGCUGGAGUCGGACAAGACGCUGAUGAAGGAUGCCGUGUCUGAACUGAAAGAGCGAGGCAGAGCCCAGUACCAGAGGAUGCACGCGCUGCUCGAAGCGAACCAGGCGGAAACCGUGCAGACGCUGGAGAGCACCUACACCACGUACGUGAGGAAAAACUCCCAGCAGGUCCUGCAGCUCAACGAGAAGCGCCAGGAAGCAGAGAAACUCCUGAGCUCCGUCCAGACGUUCUUCAAAAGAGCAGACGGCAUCAACUUCAUGAAGAACACCAAACCGUAUCAGCUGCUAAUGGACAGGUCAAACACACACCUGAGUAAUGCUAUCCCUCCACUCAGAGUGGGCCAGCUCAAUUCUCAUCAUUUGCUGUCUGAACUUUCAACAAGAGAAAAAAACAUGCGAACAAUUCUGGAAGAGCCCUUCAGCGAGGCGCCCAUUCUUGAGAUCGUCCCGUCUCACAGCAGCUCUGCCGGCUCUCACGCGGGGGCUGCUUCAGGACCGCAGAAGAGGAAAUAUGGCUUGGCUUUCCUGGACAGCAACACGACAAACUCCAACUCCCAGGAUCCUCCGCCGUUGCUCUACAGGAGCAAAAAGCCCUUCCUGGUCGAUCAGAACCAUCACGCCUCAUCCAUGUAUUCCUCCGAAGGCCUCUCCCAGAAUCCCCACGGCGGGCCCGGCCACGGCCGACUGCUCGGCGCCGCAGCCCAUCACGUGGUGGGCCUCGGGUCGAGCUCCAGCCACCACUCAGGGACCAUAUUCCCCCCCUCCCAUUUCCCCAGUGGAGGCGCCUCGCAACAAGCCAUGUACGAAGGGAGGAAAGUACUGAUGUGCACUCUGAAUAACUGCUGCUGCUCCCGGGCCCCAGCUGCUCGCGCCCGACCUCCGUACCCAGCAUCGGACUCCUUCCCCCCCAUGACCUCUCAGGAGUUCCCCCCCCCGCACGCCCCGCUCCCUACGAGCCAGCCACUGCAGCAUUUUCCCAUGAGGGGAAUGAUGGAGGCCUCACAGACAGCCAGGCACCCCGACUUCUACGGGCUGUACGGCCAGUCUUCCACCAAGCAUUAUGGGACCAAGUGAAAAAGACAAAACGGAAUCAGCAUUUUAUCUGUUUUUGUGAAAUCAGGACUAUCAUCAAUCUCUCGGUUUGCUUUUUGUUACUGUUUCCAUUUUGGAGAGAUAUGUUAUCAGUAUGUGGCUCCCACACGCCAUGAUGAUUAUAUUAUCUACUUGACCUCAUUUUGGGAAACCAUGCCCCGGUUAUUUAAUUAGUUUAAUUUUCAAUCGCAAGUAGAAAACAACAGAGGGUAACCGUAGUAACGUUGUAAUUUGAAAACAGGUUUGUAUUUUAUUUAUUUGCUGUUUCAAUUCGACUGGAAGUGCUUAUGUGAAAAAUGUCGUCUUAAAUCCUUUCAGACAGUGAACAAAAUAAAUAACAUAUCCUUCGUAUCCCAAGUCCUGACAUGAGACUCCAGAGACUUCAGUGCCUAAAAAGACUGUUAACAUGCUCUUAUUAUUUCCUGUUCGCGGCUGAAAGCAUGCAAGGAGCCUCUCCAUGCACUGCAAAGUCCGUGUGGCUUUAGAUAACACACUGGACUUCAAAUGCUUGUGAGGUUUUUUUUUUAGUAUUCUUUUUAUACUAUAUAAUGAAUAAACCAAAAUCUGUGGAAAAUCUUAAAUAAACAAGCAUAUUACUUUA